AUGGGUGAUGUGGCGUCGUCGCUCGUCUCUGCGUCGACUGAAGAACUCUUGCGCCAGGCAGCAGCUCAAGAAGUAAAAGCGCUCACGAAUGAAUACAGACUUGCUCUGGCCCAAGCCCUCUUUCUCUCCGUACUCGAAGAAAAGGAAGCCACUAAGGAACCAGACAUAGCUUGGAAACUAAAACGACGCACCUGGAAGUCUUUUAAUCGAGCGCUUCACGAAUCGUGGUGUUGGAUAAAAGCGCCAACGCUCGGCAAGAAAUGGAAGAAACUCUAUUGUGUCGCCAGGCCGGACUAUUCCUUCGAAGCUUACGAAACGAAGGAGCAUUAUUCUAGCGCCGCCAAGCCCAAGUACAGUUUGCGCCCGUCCGGCUACUGCAUUCUCCACGCUGCGGAGCAAUGGCGGCAACUGUGGACCAAGCGGACGGCGUAUUUGUUGCAAACAGAUACGCCGAAAGAAAUUUCCGAGAAAAUAAAAGAAAAACCGUCACCAGCAGAUUAUACGAUCUGCUUGUCGCAUCCUAUCAUGGAACCGCUCUUUAUCGGCGUAGAAACACCCGCGGAAAAGGAAGUGUGGAACCUCAUUCUAGGUGAUUUUAUCCGGCGAACUUCAGAGUUGAAAGCAGUAGACGAUAUUCAAAAGCACGCAUUGGGUGCAGCAGUAGAACGCACGCGCAAGCUCCAUCAGUGGCGCGAUCCAGAUCUUGUGGCGGCGGGAAAUGAAAUCGACGUUGUCUAUCACGUCGUAGCCGAACGAUUACUCGGCGAAUUGGGAAUUUUAGCGAGGGAGAGUCAAAAACUAAAAUUUGAAAAGUUCACGGAUAAGCAACGCGCUAUAGAAGCUGGAUUUGAACUAGUCAAAGCCAUCUCCAAGGACGUAGUUAUGAAUGGCACGGGCGAUGCUUCUUAUCAAAAAUCAAAGUCGGACGUGGAAGUCGAAGUACGUUCCCUCCGCCCUCUUCUGGUCAAGGAACUCAAAAGAUUGAUCAAUCACAAAUUGAACAAAGAGCACGAAAAAGGAAACAUUUCUGAGGCCUUUGGCGCGAUGGGAGUAGCCUUGGGUACUUUGAGUCCUUCGAUCGACCUCGGAUUCAACGCAGUGCAGUCGCUCUUCCAAGACGCCGUGAAAGAACUGAAGGGGAUGAUCCAGCGAAAGCCAGUUUAUGUAAACCACGUGGAUAUCUGGUUCCUUCGCUCGAUGGACCCGCUCUCGAGAGAUCCUCUCAAGCUCCGCCCAUUGUUGAAAUCACUGGUGCGUCUUCCCCGGCCAGCAGCGGCCUCGGCCUAUAUUCACUGCCAAGAACUUCUUGACUCGCUUGUUUGGACUUUUGAAAAUCUCGUCUCAGAAGGAUCAAUGAGAAACAACGGCCGACUCGUUCCGGACGAAGUCACGAAGAUCGAAGAAAAGGUGCUGGAAAAAUUCGAGUUUGAUAAGGAAGAACUAAAAAGGAUGCUUCUUGCAAAAUGGCUUCUCAAUGAGGGCCGACAGAGACUACCUCCAGUUGAGCCAGUACCAGCAGGCUUCAAAGAACACGACAGGAGAGAUAUUUUCAUGCGGCCGCAGCUGAUUCAAGAACGAGUAUUGCUCAAUAAGUUGCGGAAAUAUGCGGAUGAAUUGGUAACGCCAAAACCGCCGAUUGAAGAAGAUUCGUCAAAACUCAGCGCGUUUUCCUCUUUGGAAGAUGACCAAGCAGAAAAACUCAACUACGUCAAGUCUGAGCCUCCAUCUCCGAUUCCAGAGGUCAAGCGUAACGAUUCCAUUUCGUUUUUAAAAGAGGUCGUCGAAGGAACGAAAGGCCUCACAAUUGAUUUUGAAUCGAGUAACUUCACGAGUUCAUUCGCCAAGCCAGCAGCUGAAAAGUCCUCCAUACUCGAGCCUAAGCCACAGUCAGAAGUGACUGUCACGAGAUCGCACACUGUCACUGAAAGCGCUUGGAAAAGCCCCAUUCAUAGGCCAAAGCCGCGUGAGCCAGUUGUGAGCCCGACGCUGACGACAAACUUAGAAGCGCUAAACAACUUCAAUCAAAAUAAUCAGUCGACAAUAAGCAUUUCAUCGAGUGAAAAAUCCUCCGUGCCUUCGAACACCCUCAAUCCAGCGCAACUACAGCAAAUCCGUGCCUUGACGGGCAUCAAGCCAAAAGAGAUCAAACCUAAGAAAAAAUCCACUUCCAGCUCAUCAGCAAUCAAAUCAUCCUCUGCCAGUAAAGUGCUUGAAAACGGCACGCAAAAGCCUAUUUCGAAAAGAGUCGAUGUUAAUUAUCGCGAUGUUGAUAAUCGUCUCAAGCCUAUCGAUCCCGCAGACCCAGAACUUCCACCAGGAACAACGCAAAUAUCAAACGAAAUCGCUGACAAACUUUUAAGCAAGCCAGAAGGAACUACCGAAGGGAAAAAGCCAGUCGUCAUCACAGCCAAAGUCACGAGUCCUCAUGUUCAGGCGCUGAAUGAGCGCUACGCCACGCAAGAAGCUGAGCUCCAGAAAGCCGAUCGGGAGCGCGAGAAAAAAGACUUGUUAGAAAAAGGCAACUCUUCGGCGCACUCUGACUCGUCGAUGAAAUCAGCCUCCUUUGGUGGGGGACUGUUGAGCGGCAUCAAAAGCCGCGGAGCAAAGAGGCAGCCAAGUCCGAAGCCGAGAACAGAAGAAUGGGUCCAGCAACAUAUGAAUCAGCAGCCUGAAGCGCCAGAUGAACAAUCUGACGAGCAAAAACUCAACGAUGAUUAUGAAAAGCGAAAACAUCUAUAUGAAAAUCUGCCAAGGUCAAGUCCAACUCCGCAAGGUCUUUCGUCUUCUCAACCUCAUCUCAAUUUACUCGCUGGACGUGACAAUGAUUUACGAUCGAAAAGCGCCGCUCAAGCGACAAUCAUUAGCGACAUGAAGCUUGGCUCCGAACCUGACAUCCAACAUCAAUCUGUAGAAUCGAUUCCGACCAAAACUGCUACGAGAAAGAAGAGAGUCAAGGACGCCCGUGCCAGAGCCAUUCCAGAUGACAGUAGCGACGAUAAUUUACCACGUGAAGCAGCGGAAAUGACGGUAAAAUCGAAAUCGGCGAUUCUGAACGAGUCGGCUAUUGCGGGAACUAUCAAGAGGAAGAAAAAGAAGAAAAAACCUGCCAAAGUUGAGGAAGCAUCAGUCGAUAACAACAACAACAAAAUACCAAGAGUGGAGCCAGAAAAGAUCUCCAAACCGCCGAAGUCCGAGCCAGAGAAGUCAAAGGAAAUAGUCCCGAAAACUGCAAAAACAGCUGUCCCAGAAUCCAAAAAGAAAACAGAAGAAAAGAAAAAGUCCUCCACUUCCUCCUCGUCCGCUAAACCGCGAAAAUCAACCACGAAAAGCGAGGGGAAAACAACACCUGAUCCUCCCAAAGCCGCCCAGAGUGACACGAAAAUUAAGGGUUACCGAGAUUUCAAUGAGCUCCAGCGAGAGAUGCGAGAGCGUCAAAAAGAGCUCAAGAAGAAACUCAAGCAACAGAAAAAGGCAGAGAAAGAGACUCUCAAAAAGAAAGCUGACGAUGGCGGAGACGCUAGAAUUUCCGACAACUCUGAGGACUCUGACUUGCCGGAAAAGUAUAUCGAGGAAAAUGUGACCGAGAGGCAGUUUGUCGAUCAAAAUGGAAAGGUGCAAAAGGAAAUUGUCAAAACUGAAGUGCUAAAGACCCGCUCGAGGAGUAGAUCCAAAUCCCGUUCGAAGAUCUCUGCGGACGGCAUUACCCACACUGAACAUAUCGACCUGUCUACUGGCCACCAAGACUCCGUUAUCAAGCGAACCUUGAAAGAGAAGAUUCGUGAGAAGGAGAAAAAAGCCCGCGAAAAAUCCAGCUUCUAA